UAACUCUGAUGAACGUCCGGUUUGAUACUCUAAGAAAGGGGGAAAGUGUUAAAUAUUCGAUCGUUGUACUUUACCCCAAGUAAGUGUGAAAGUGAAUUUAUUCACUUUCAUCUAUAAGUUUCCGGGAUCUAAAUUGUUUAUCUAGCUGCGUUCUACACGAUCAAACGAAUCAGUGGCUCAGUUAAAGUCGAAGGGAAAUCAGCUGAUGUGACGGAAUAUGGCGCCCACGCAGAUCUGAAAAUGACAGUGACAGACAACAUCCUUGGUACCGAUGAGGAAUGACAUUGCAUUGAAGAUGGCAGCUGUCCACAGAUUGGUAACCACUGAAAGAGGCAAUGACCUGGUCUGGUCACAUGUACAAGAAAAUGCGAAAAUCGUGACGUGUGCUCUCCAUGAGUGGUCAUUAGCAUGAGGAUGGACUAGUGACGAUGACGUUAGUGCUGAAGGAGAAUUCCCCUGUGUUGAAGGAGAAUUCCCCUGUGUUGAAGGAGAAUUCCCCUUCAUUGAAGGAGAAUUCCCUGGUGUUGAAGGAGAAUUUCCUGGUGUUGAAGGAGAGUUCCUUGGAAGACUUGUGACAAGCUUGUUCAUGAGUAUGGCAUCUGGGUCAAGCAGCACAGGGUGCCAGGCAAGUCAGGUGGGAUGUUACCGGCCACGCCCUGUGACCACAGACCGCCCCCUGGAUGGCAGCAUGCAUUUCACCAUCAUGAAACACCCAAAGGAAGCUCUGGAGAUCAUGAAUAAAUUAAGACUAAAUGGGAAGCUAUGCGACAUUACACUGCAAGUGGGAGAAGAGAAAAUAUUCGCCCACAAGAUUGUAAUGGCAUCGGCAAGCCCUUACUUCAAAGCCAUGUUUACGUGUGGGAUGAGAGAGGAAGUCAUGGAGACUAUUCCUCUGCAUGGUAUCAAGCCCUGUACCUUGGCAGCACUUGUCAACUUUGCUUACACAUCUGAAAUUCAUGUCAGUGAAAUGAAUGUGUGUUUGCUGUUGCCAGCUGCAACGAUGUUUCAGAUGUACCAUGUUGUAGAGGCAUGCUGUGUUUUUCUGGAACAUCAGUUGGACCCGAGUAACUGUAUUGGAAUAGCCGACUUUGCCAGUGAACACGGCUGUUUGGACCUUCAGAAGAAAGCUAGAGAUUAUAUUUAUCAUCAUUUCACAGAAGUGAGUAAGAGCGAGGAGUUUCGAGAACUGAGCGGCUGUCAGGUUGUAAACCUGAUCAAUCGAGACGAACUCAACGUGAAAUGUGAAUCCGAAGUUUACGAGGCUGUGAUAUCCUGGGUGCUUCACGACGAAGAGAAAAGGAAAUUAAAACUAGAGCCUAUGCUGGCUGCUGUUCGCUGCCAUUACCUUCCUCCAAACUUUGUGGCACGCCAGUUAAAAAGUUGUCCAUUGCUACGAAAAAAUAAGCAGUGUUUUGAAUAUUUAACUCGGAUAUUUGAAGACCUAGCGCUUCAUAGAAAAGCUGAUGAGAAACAGAGAAAGCCGUUGGACCCUGCCGUGGUGUACACUGCGGGGGGCUAUCUUCGGCAGUCUCUCAGUAACUUUGAGGCAUAUAAUCCGCUUAAAGACAAAUGGACACGCUUAGCGGAUCUUCCAGUUCCAAGGAGUGGUCUAAGCGCAUGUUCCUUACGAGGGCAGAUAUAUGUAGUCGGUGGCCGCAAUAAUUCCCGUGAUCGAAACAUGGACUUGGCUGGUGUGGAUGUUUAUGACCCACAGACUGACACAUGGAAGGCGUGUAGUGCCAUGUCUGUACCCAGGAAUCGGGUAGGCGUGGGCACGCUGGAUGGAAUGAUAUAUGCUGUGGGUGGUUCCCAUGGCUCUCAUCAUCAUAACACAGCAGAAAGGUAUGAUCCGUACACAGACAAAUGGCAUAUGGUGGCACCCAUGGCCACAAAGAGAAUAGGGCUUGGUGUGGGAGUGGUGAACCGCAUCCUCUAUGCUGUUGGUGGCUAUGACGGAGAUAACAGGUUAAACAGUGUGGAGUCCUACAACCCAGAGAAAAACGAGUGGUGCUUUGUCUCUCCAAUGAAGACCACACGAAGCGGGGCGGGUGUGGGAUGCCUGGACCAGUAUGUCUACGUUUUGGGGGGUUAUGACAGUCAUUCACAGCUACGUACUGUGGAGAGGUACAACACAGAAACAGAUACCUGGGAAGAUGUGGCUCCCAUGAACACACCUCGCAGUGCCCUCAGUGUAGCUGUCAUUGCUGGAAAAGUGUUUGCUUUAGGUGGUUAUGAUGGAAUGGACUUCCUGUCCUCUAUAGAAGGCUACAACCCAGAGACAAAUGUGUGGACCGAGUAUACCAACAUGACCUGUGGCAGAAGUGGACAUGGAGUAGCCGUGGGAAUUCAGCCAUCUUCACAUGCUCCUUAUAUGGAAGGAUGUGGUGAAUGAUCUGGCCUGUACAAACCACUCCCAUCAGUCCGGGGGUUAUACUCUUAAAGGACUUCAUGCUGGACUACACCAAAGUCAUUGUCAGUCAUGAUUAUACUCUACUCUUUAGUGGUGUGUUAUUUAAACAGGGUGUAUAUUUUCACAGAUUUUGAUGGUAUUGUAUUACCUAGAUAUUAAAACUUACAAUCUUACCAAAGCUGGCUGUUUUACACUGUUUCACAUUCUCCAGCAACAAAAUAUUGAAACAAAGCAUGUAAAGGACCAAUCAUACUUAAGAUUGGAAUUUUUCAAAACAGCAACGAAAUUGUUCUUUUUAGUAUCUGUUUCACCUAUUAAGUUUUGAUAGUUGUUGUGUAGUACAAGGUGAAUGACUUUGAUAUCUUCAACACUAAACAUUUGCGAUAAGUUGUAAAUGUGCUUUAACCUAUGUUCACUUCGGCUGAUAGAUCUUUGGUGGCUGUCUUUGAUUUUUUUUAAAUUAAAAAUUUUAAAUUAUUUUUAUCCAGUUGUGUUUAAAACAGAACCCAUACAUGUAUUUUCUAUAUGCUAGAAGUUGUAUUCUACGUAUAAAUUGAUUUGAACUAAUUAACAUUUUGUUGAGAAAACUAGUUCAUUCAAGGAAUGAAUUAAGGCAGAGAUCAAUUUUUAGGCUAUUUUAUUUGAAUGUAAAAUUAUGGUCAGCUUUUUGGAAGCAGCUUGUUUACAUCAUGUAUAACUAAACAUGAUCUGUUCAUGUUUACUGAUCGAACAUUUCUCCAUAUAUUUACUUUUCUGUAAGGUACAGUGUAUAUAUGUAUCAUUGUCAUGACAACAUGUGACUGUGGAUGUGGUCCCUAAUGUGUACCACCUUUCCACAUACAUAUGUAUCUCUGUCAUUACAACAUGUGACUGUGGGUGUGGCCCCUAAUGUGUACCACUCUUCCACAUACAUAUGUAUCUCUGUCAUUUCAACA